AUGGCCUCGACCUCGGCUGACGGCGUGCCACACGCAGCCGCCUCGUCGUUGUGGGAAAACCUCGUGGACAAUGCGGCCGUCACUGUCAACUCGACCUUUACAUAUGAGGAUUUGGUCUUUCAAAUAGCGCCAUUGGCUCUGGUACUGGCGCUGUCGCCCUUUUUCCUGCAUCACUAUUCCCAGCCGCCAGUGUACCUGCGUCACGUCCCAUUUCUGCGCCUCAAACUGUUCGCCGCUGGGUCCCUCAUAUGUCUCGAGUUCUCCAACCUUCUUCUUCGCCGCAUGCGACUCGAUCCCCGAGCCGAUGCCAUGGUCGCCGCAGCACUCAUUGACUUGGUUGUUGCUCUUACCAUAGGAAUCAUCCUCUACAUCGAAAGCCAAGGCAUUCGUCCGUCUGCCUUGCUUCCUCUCUACCUCUCCGCCGGUUGCAUGAUUGACGCGGCCAAGUGCCACUCUUUCUACCUGGCUCAAGGCCUGUCAUCGGCUUCUGCCAUUGCCACUUCCGCUGGAGGUUUUCGCUUCCUGCUUCUACUCCUCGAGACAUUCUCAAAGGAGGAACUCAUGGUCAGCCAGGACGCAGCUCAAUACGAAGCUCUUCAAGAAGAGAAAAGGCGCCGUGCGUACUUCAUUUUCCCGCGCCUCUCCAUUUCCAGGCAACUUCGCAUCUCCAUCGAAAACGGCAAUCUGAUGCCCAUUGCGUCCGAGUUUGCGUCCGACCGCUUAUAUGACAAGCUCAAGAGCUAUUGGCAGCUGAGCGAUGACGCCACUGAUGAGAUGGAGAAAAUACGACGCACGGCGCAAAUUGAAGGCAAAGCAGCACCAUCUCUGGAACUCGAAAGCCUGUCGAUGGCAUGCGCUACAGCCUGGUGGACCGAGGGCAAGCGAAUGCUUGUACCACGACUAGUUUUUGCCAUGUGCACAUUCAGCCAGCCUUUCAUUUUGAAAGCAAUCAUCGAGGCCUUGGGCCAAGAUGAGGUCUCGACCUUGCGCAAACUCAUCUUGGUCGCUGUGACGCUAUUGGCCUUCGUCGGCGUCACUGUUGGCAAAUCAUCGUAUGCCCAUAUGAACUACCUCAUGGUCGCGCGCUUGCGUGGGAGUUUGAUUACCCAGACUAUCGAGAAAACCCAUCGCAUUUCCUACAAAGAUGCUCAGACAUCCGCAACCAUCUCCUUGAUCAGCACUGACAUUGACGGUAUUGCUGCCGCAUUGCCCAGAUUCCUGGAGCUCCCUGUCACCUUUAUGGAAACAUGCUUUGGCAUUUACGCUCUUUCCUGGUUUGUUGGGAACGCAUGCUUCCUGGUGCUCGUCCCAGUCCUGGCCUCCAACAUCUUCUCGUGGUUCUGGGGCUUUGUAACCGAGCCAGCCCUUGCUGCCUGCAAAAAGAAGACCGAGGUUCGCGUAGCAAAGACGUCGUCCCUUCUCUAUCAACUAGGCGCAAUCAAAAUGACGGGCUUAGCUCCGACCGUUGCCACCUUUCUUCAAGGCCUGCGACUACAAGAACUGCGACUAUUGACGAGACAUCGAUCACUCGAAACGGCAACAGUGCCUUUCAUUCAAGCAGCAAACACCAUGACGCCUGUCUGGGUGCUCAGCCAAGCGCUUUCGCCAGUUGAAUUGACAGAGACUGUAUCUGCCGACGUCGUCUUCCCCAUCUUGGCCCUUGUCGCAGCCAUCCAGGGCCCGCUGGGUCGGCUCUUGGAUAUGAACUCGACGACGUCAUCCAUCAACGCCCGAUUCGACGCCAUUCGGCAGUUUCUGAGUCUUCCUGAAAGAGACGAGUAUCGGUUCAUCAGAGACAAACACUUCCCCAAGUACCGCCGGGCCCCGCCAGUGAACGAGCAGUUUGUUCAUCCAGUUCAAGUGAUCGAUGUUGAUAUUGCACCUCCCGGGCUACGACAGCCCAUUCUCUUCCGCGUUGACUUUGCGCUCGUUCAAGGGUCAAUUACGGCAAUCGUUGGCUCACCCAGGACGGGAAAGAGCACGCUCUUGCAGGGCAUACUUGGUGAAGCGUCUCUCAUUGAAGGGUCGAUUUGCGUACAGCAUGAAGACAUGGCCAUAUGUGGCCAGAUAACUUGGCUGCAGGAUGCCUCAAUCCUUGACAACAUCAUAGGCCCCUUGCCCUACAACGCCGAUUUCUUCCAGCGAGUGGUCGAAUGCUGCUUGUUGCGAGAUGACCUCGAUCAACUUCCUGGCGGAGCCGACUACAUGGUUGGGCCUGCUGGAAGAAAUCUGAGCACUGGCCAGCGACAACGCAUCGGUAUCGCUAGAACGGUCUACUCCCGCACUGCGGUCAUGCUUUUUGACGAUCCUUUCGGUGCUCUCGACAAAAAGACGGCCGUGUCUAUCCUGUUUCAUUUGUUCGGCGCAAGCGGGCUUUUGAGAGAAAUGGGUAUCACUGUUGCUCUGGUGUCGUAUCUGCGGGAGAGCCUUGACGUCUCGGAUAGAGUUUUACUUCUUGACGGCCAUGGAUAUGCUUCUCUUGAAGACCACCCUUUCCAGACUCCCGCCUUCGCGGCCAAAGUCAAGGAAGUUUUCAACUCUAUACCAGAAGGGCCUCCCGAAGAGGUUGAAGACAUUGAAAAGGAAGUCAUACGUCGGUCAUUGGAGUUUGAAAGACUUUCCUCACGCGCCGCAUUAACUGGCGUGCCUGGAAAUUUGGGCUCGAAUACACGGCUACGUACCCUUUACAUCAAACCAAUCGGAUACUUCUCGGUAAUUUUAUACACCGUGCUCCUCUUUUGCCUAAGUCUUGGAGAGAACAUUCCUAGUAAGAUUAAGACUCGUUCUACUUUGCGUUCAAAACUGACGGCAAUCCUAGACGUCUAUGUGCGAGACUGGAUAGAUUCUCGAUCAGCGACUUACUCUGUCGCUGGCUACGCUUCUUCGGCUGGUAUCACAUGCUUAAUUGGAACGCUGUCUUAUUGGCUGCUCCAUGUCAAGCUUGCGCCGAGAGCCUCUCUUGCACUGCACCAACAUCUCGUAAACGCCAUCACCGGAUCCACGCUUGUUUUUCUUGGUGUUGUCAACAUAGGAUCAGUCAUGAUGCAAUUUGACCAAGAUGCAAGCAUGCUCUCCCGCCAAUUACCUUUCUUCUCUAUGAGGACUGCAUCCGCUCUCUUCUCCGUCAUGAUCAAGACCUCCAUCAUUGUCUCGGGAGCAUCGUACAUGUUCGCCAUUCUGCCGCUUCUUGUGGCUGCAUUGUAUUACCUCCAAAUUUUCUACUUCAAGACGGCUCGCCAACUGCGCAAGCUGGAUAGCGAGGCUAAGACGCCACUGUUCAAACGGUUUGAAGAGACGGCCGAUGGCAUAAUGUACAUGCGCGCUUUCCGUUGGCUAAAAGCUGACACACGAAUCAGCUUUGGGCUCCUGAACAUUAGCCAGAGGGCGUUUUACUAUUUAUUUUACUUCCAACAGUGGUUGGUGAUGGUCCUCGGCCUCUUUACUAGCAGUAUUGCUGCGUGCCUAGUACUGCUUGUGUUAUUUUUUCCUGGAAGCACAUCUGAAGCCGCAGUAGGCUUAUCCUUUCUAGCACUAUUCCAAUUCAGCUGGACAUUGGAAAGGCUGUUUGAGGUGCGUACCCUGCUCGAAACGCCGAUUGGCUCGCUCGAGAGGCUGCGCUCUUUCCUGCGAUAUACCCCGCAAGAAACCGAGCGGAAUGCUCAGCCAGCUCCCGAAGGUUGGCCAUGGCGUGGAGAGAUUGAGUUGGAAAAUGUAACGGCAAAAUAUGAGGAAACUUCAGAAACGAAUGCUUUACAAGACUUGACAUUGGUUGUUGAGGCUGGAGAAAGGGUCGGGCUGAUUGGCCGCACUGGGAGUGGCAAGACGUCAGUCCUUAAUGCCAUCCUUGGGCUGGUCGAUUACAGCGGCAUGAUCAUGAUUGAUGGGAUAGAUGUAUCUAUGCUGUCCCGAGACGAACUUCGAUCCCGCAUAGUGACGAUUUCCCAAGACCAGGUGAGAUUUGAUGAAUCUAUUCGAACCAACCUCCUGCCCCUCACUCUGAACGACGUGGCGGCAAAGACCACCUCAGAGGAAGAGGAGGGGAUUAUGGACGAGGCCGCACGAGAGCGAGAUGAUGUUCUCGAGGCGGAGUUGAGACGCGUUGGAAUCUGGCAGAACCUGACGAAUAAGAGCGGCCUCGAUACGGUGCUAGAUGAGGCAGGCUAUUCGCCUGGCGAGGUUCAGCUGCUGUGCAUUGCAAGGGCUAGUCUCAGACAGAGCGAGACUGGCAGCAGGGUGGUGCUGGUGGAUGAGGUGACGACGUGUGCCGAUGCUUGGACACAAGAGCGUAUACAAGACGUCAUGCGCAACUCGUUCCUGGGCUGCACGAUGCUGGUGGCGGCACGUACGGAAGAAGCGAUUUUGGAUGUCAGCGCCGUUUUUGAGAUGUCUGAAGGAGUUAUUAUGCAUGAGGCGCGCAGGUACGGCUGGUAG